GCGCAUGCCUUGAGUGGAAGUUCCGGGUUGCCGGAAGCGUGCGUGGGUCGCUGCUGCUGUUGCUGCUGCUAAGGGAAGCAUGUCGGCCAUCGGGACCCUGGACCCUGUCCGGGGCGGCGGGGAAGCGACCCCGGCCCUGUUCCGCCCGCUUAGCGCCGAGGACGAGGAGCAGCUGCCGGCCGAGAUCGAGUCCCUCUGCAUGGCCUGUCACUCCAACGGGGUGACUCGGUUGUUGCUGACUAGGAUUCCCUUCUUCAAAGAGAUCAUUGUCAGUUCCUUUGCCUGCAGUAGAUGUGGCUCGACCAACUCAGAGAUCCAGUCGGCUGGCCGGAUCCAGGAUCAAGGUGUAUGCUAUAUGCUGACUGUUAGGAGCAAGCAGGAUAUGAAUAGGGAAGUGGUGAAGACUGACUGUGCCACAGCUAGAGUACCCGAGCUAGACUUUGAAAUCCCUGCUUUUUCUCAGAAGGGAGUUCUUACCACCAUUGAAGGGUUAAUUGAGAGAGCCAUAGAAGGAUUGAAGCAGGACCAGCCAUUCCGCAGGGAAACCCACCCAGACGUUGCAGAGAAGAUCGAGGAAUUCAUCUGUAAGCUGAAGCGCUUGAAAGAUGUGGAUUCAGCCUUCACUUUUAUCCUAGAUGACCCCUCUGGCAACAGCUUUGUGGAAAACCCUCAUGCCCCACAGAGGGACGAAGCCCUGGUGGUGACCCACUACAGGAGAACUGCUCAGCAGGCUGCUCUGCUUGGAAUUGAGGCUGAGGAAUCCAAGGAGGACUUGACUGACUCUGUGGACGACCUACGGAAUGAAGUGCUGCAGUUUGGCACCAACUGCCCUGAAUGUAAUGCCCCGGCCAGUACAAACAUGAAGCUGGUGCAGAUCCCUCAUUUCAAAGAAGUCAUUAUCAUGGCUACGAACUGUGAUGCUUGUGGGCACAGAACAAAUGAGGUUAAAUCUGGAGGAGCCAUAGAGCCUUUGGGGACCAAGAUAACCCUUCAUGUGACUGACCCAUCAGACAUGACAAGGGACAUCCUCAAGUCCGAAACAUGCAGAGUGGAGAUUCCAGAGCUUGAAUUUGAGCUAGGAAUGGGAGCCCUGGGUGGGAAAUUCACGACUCUGGAAGGAUUGCUAAAGGAUAUCCAGACUCUGGUGGCGAAGAACCCAUUCACUCUGGGGGAUAGCUCAACAUCAGACAGAGCAGAAAAACUCUGUGCAUUUGGCAGGAAGCUGCAACAGGUAGUGGAUGGGCAGUUGAGGAUACAUUUUGUCCUGGAUGACCCUGCAGGGAACAGUUACCUCCAGAACGUUUACGCUCCUGAGGAAGACCCGGAGAUGCGAGUGGAGCACUACGAGCGGCGGUUUGAGCAGAACGAAGAGCUGGGCCUCAAUGACAUGAAAACAGAGGGCUACGAAGCAGAAGGCUCUUCCCAGCGGUAGCAGCGCCACACAGAGGCCAGGACAGUGUUGUGCAGAGAAAGACGAACAGUUCCACCUGCCUGGUGAAGGAAGGGGCGGAUUGUGACUCUCUGGAUUGAAUUUGACCCACGGAAAGCUUGCUAGCAGGGUUUCUCAUAAAAAGCAAAAGCAUUG